AGAAUUUGCACACUCUCUGUUAGGCCUUCACUUGAAACAUGGCUGGGAAUACUAGUGACAAUGCACCUAAUCUCCGCGGAAUUCAUGACUUCCUUAUCACACUGGCCUAUAGGGCAGGGGAGAUUAUCACCAAUGCUCUCCCAGAGAUUAGUGGUACUGACUCAAAAAAGAAUAGUGCGGAUCUUGUCACUCAAUAUGACAAGGCUGUUGAAGAUGUGAUCUCGACUUCUUUAAAAGAGAAAUAUCCUCACUACAAAUUCCACGGAGAAGAAACUUAUGAUCCAGCCCACCCCCUGACUAGUGCGCCUACAUUUGUCGUUGACCCCAUUGAUGGGACGGUUAACUUUGUGCAUGGCUUUCCACAAGCCUGCAUCUCUCUUGGAUUCGCUGUUGACUGCAUACCUGUUGUCGGAGUGGUGUUCAAUCCGUUUACCAAGAGCCUUUAUACUGCCAUUCGCGGUGAAGGCGCAUUCCUAAAUCGUAAUACGAAACUUCCACUCAAAGGAGGCAACCUGGAGCCUCUUCAAGGCUUGGAAAAUGCUCUGAUUGCUGUUGAAUGGGGCUCAGAUCGUGAUGGCAGCAAUUGGGAAACAAAAGUCCGCACCUUCGAAAAACUCGGUCAAACAAAGGAAGCAGGUGGUUCAAUGGUGCAUUCAUUACGCAGCUUAGGAUCAGCUGCUUUGAACCUCUGUGCUGUUGCGACUGGUACUCUUGACCUUUACUGGGAGGGUGGAUGCUGGGCGUGGGACGUUUGUGCCGGAUGGGUGAUCCUUGAAGAAGCUGGUGGCAUUGUCGUCGACGGGAAUCCCGGAAACUGGAAACCACGUCUUGACGGACGGAAGUACCUUGCCGUUAGAGCUUCUCCAGACGGCAGAGGCCAAAAGGAAAUUGUUGAGGAAUUUUGGAGCCAAAUCCAAGGGCGGCUCGAAUAUUGACCUUAAACUGGACUUGAUUACAUACCCAGAAAACGGGUAAAUUUGUCCAGAACUGCAUAUAGUAUUUGCAGGCUCACCCAGCUCUAUUUUUCACAGGAAUACUAAGACUUAGCUCGCACUCUGCACCCCAGAUAGAAAGGGUUGGAGCCAGCUAACCUAACCGCCUGGCAAGUUUUGGGGGUCUCAUAAGCAAACAUUGGAUCUGUACUACAAACUCUUCCUGCUAAUAUCCAUUCUACUGGCACAUAUCUUGGGAUACCUGUCAUAACCAGCCACACUAUGCUGUGCAAUACGCAGUUACAAUAUAGAACCAUACGAGCAAGCUCCGGGUCAGUUUCUAAAUGGUGCUAGCGGACGAUGUCCGCUUCAAGAAAUAGCAUAGCUUUUUUGAUGGGAUGUAAGGGUUUGAGGUGAGUCCUGAAAGGUUUGGUCGGGGCCGGUAACUUCGAAGGUCUAUUACUAUUACCGUCGACUGCCUUGAACUAUACUUACUCAAAAAAACGGCGCAGUCUACACAAGGGUCGUAUCACCAGAUUCAUAUUGCAUGGCCCUGCCAGGAGAGGCGAAUUGCAUGAAAGGACAACCCCACGGUCAGCAGCAAUCACCCGUAUUGCGUCAGUGCCCCGUCGUGGGAGCACCUAGGGAGGGCUCGUCUGCCCCUCAACUUCAUCACCCGAACUUGUAGCUCCGAUAUUAGGCGGUCUUGCUUUUUCUACGGAUUCCUCCAGUAUAUCGUCCAAUUCGGCCAUAGCAGUGUACCCAAAGUGGGUAUCAACGAGAUGCUUCACUACCGGCCACCCGUACGCAUUUGGGAACAUCCUGCGCACGAUUAUAUUGUUAUGCGCAUCUGGUUC